CGGGAGGGGGGCGCGCAUGUGUGGUGGGCUCGGCGGCGGCUCGCUGCUCGCUGCUGUUUGAGCGCGUUUUUUCCCCUGUCGUCCGGGAGGGACAAAAUGGCGGCGGCGUGACGCCGGGUGGAGCGGCACCGGCUACCGCGGAGGGUGAGGCCCGGCCGGGGGAUGGUGAGCGGGCUCCGAGCCCGGGCAGCCUGCGACCAGACUCCGCCUCGUGCCCGCCGCAGCCUCGGCCCGCAGCGCAGCACCGCCGGGGAGACCCGUCCGCUUGGCCCCGCGACGGGGUGCCCCGUGGGGGUGUGGAAAAAUGGCAAAAAGAAUUGCAGAGAAGGAACUGACUGACAGAAACUGGGAUCAGGAGGAUGAAGCUGAGGAGGUGGGAACAUUCUCAGUAGCUAGUGAAGAAGUCCUGAAGAACAGAGCUAUUAAAAAAGCAAAGCGACGAAAUGUUGGAUCAGAGUCUGAAAGUGGAGGAGCUUUUAAAGGGUUUAAAGGCUUUAUAUUGCCUUCUGGAAAAGGAGGAGGUGGCUUCAGCGGAUUUGGUAAUGGUGCAGGAAUAAAGCCUUUAGAAGGGCUGUCUAACGGAAGCAGUAGUGUCACUAGCACUCCUUCUUUCAGCAGUUUAAAGACCAGUUGCGAAACACAAACACAAUCAGCAUUUGGAUCCACAAUGUCAAAUGGUCCCACUACUACUGUAUUUACUGAGAAAAAGGCUGAAAGCCCAAAAGCUAAUGGUGGCAAUCAACCAUCUUCAUCUGGCUAUGCUCAGAGUAAAGUUUGUAGCUCUAGCAUUUACCACAAACAGUUAGCAGGUUUAAACUGUUCCGUGCGUGACUGGAUAGUUAAGCAUGUAAACACAAACCCACUGUGUGACCUGACACCCAUCUUUAGAGACUAUGAGAAGUAUUUAGCAAAUAUUGAACAGCAACAUGGGAGCAGUAGUGAUAGUGGCUCUGAAAAUGAAGGCAACAAGACACCUAGCUCUCAGUCUGUUUCUGCAUUUGGGAAUUCAAAGCUACAGCAAGGAUCAACGUUUUUGUUUAACAACAAAACUGAGGAUACCUCGGACAAAAAACCUGAAGCUGCAUCAGAAAGAAAAGACCCAUCGUUAGGAGCUACAUCAACAGUCUCGUUUAACUUUGGCAAGAGUGUCGACAGUUCUAUUUUAGGUUCCCUUGGUUCAGGAACGCUUAGUAGUUUCUCAUUUUCUCCUGGGAAUUCAGGUUUGUUUGGAAAAGAUGUAAACCAGGCUAAGUCUGUCACUGCAGUAUCCACCAAUGUAUUGGAAGCUCAGACAGAAAGUGGCAAUAGUGAUGAUAAAGGAGGAGAAGAGGAGGAAGAAGAGCCACCAAAAGUCAUUGUUAAUGAAAUAAAAGAGGAUGAUGCUUUCUACUCAAAGAAGUGCAAACUGUUUUACAAAAAGGAUAAUGAAUUUAAAGAAAAAGGUGUAGGAACGUUACAUUUAAAACCAGCAGGAAAUGAAAAAACUCAACUCCUGGUCCGAGCAGAUACCAAUUUAGGAAACAUACUGUUGAAUGUUCUAAUUCCACCUAAGAUGCCAUGUACAAGAACCGGGAAAAACAAUGUUCUUAUAGUUUGUGUUCCUAACCCACCAAUUGAUGAGAAGAACCCAGCUGUUCCUGCCACCAUGUUAAUAAGGGUGAAAACAAGUGAGGAUGCAGAUGAGUUGCACAAAAUCUUACUGGAGAAAAAGGAGGCUUAAAUAAGUUGUAGUCAGUGAUGUGAGGAAUUAUUGCCAAACUGCUGCUGCUCUGUUUUUUCUUCCAUAAGUUCACUUGAACACUUAACUCUUUACUCUGAUAGUAAGAACUGUUUUAGGUAUUCUGGAAAAAUUCUGUGAGGAAAAGCUAAACUAGAUAAUAAAAGCUUUAAUAGAACACAAGUGUUGGACUGUGCUCCCUCAUUUUUCAGUAUGUAAAUGCAGGACCUCUUCUGGAUAAAGCACACUGAUUUAAAUUGAAGCCUGUGUUUUUAACACUGGUCAAUUUGACCAAAUGGACUGAAAUCAGAGUACAAAAAUGUGGUACCCAAGCUUCCUCACAGACUGCGGUGCAAUGCAACACCCGCCUCUCUUCAGAAGGGAGGAUGUUGAAGUGUAACUGUUGAAACUGUUUCUAGACUCCAGAUUUUUAAUUUUAACUGGUCUGUAGUAUUCUGGUGAGACUAAGUUUCCAAGCUCUGUGACAACAAUGUACCCCAACAACAACGAUGCUGUAUAUUGUACUGUGUUUUACAGACUUGUGUGCUUUUGAGACUGAGACUGCGUCUCCAGCUAUUUAAAAGAAAACUUGCUUGCAUAGUCUUGUUGACAGUAGUGUUUCUUAGAGAAGAACUGUCAGUUCUGUUCUUACUGUAGCAACAAGCUAAUGAUGUGCAAUAGUACAAACAGACAACUGGAAGAUUAUUUAUCUUGGACCAUAACCACAGCUGGCAUUCCCUGACUCGUGACAAGUUGAGGCAAAGGGUUGCACUGCCAUUUUGGUCCCUUGAGGAAUUCUUCCCUAGUCCCUUGGGCUACAGCUGAAAUCCAGCAGAGGCAGCGUUGUCAAUGGUGUACUUGUCUUGCUACUGGUACUUUUCUGAAGGUAGCUCUUCUCACAAAUGAAUUUCAGGAUUUUUAUAGAUCUUUAUAUUGCCUCUGGCCAUUACCAGGAAAUACAUGCAUAAAUGUGUGUGUCAGUCAUCAUUUUUCCCCAUGUGCUAAAACUUCAGUCCUUUAACUGCGUUACAUUAAGUAAAGCAGUAGUUCACAGGUUUAGGACAAGCUUUCUAUCACAAGUAGGGAGUACUGGCUUAAUCUACAACUUAGUUUUCAGCUAUGUUAAAAUUAACCAUGUGGCAAUAAUUUUGUGGAUCUGAACAUCGUUCUCAUCUCUGCUUCCAUCUCAACUUUAUCAGACCAUGUGUGGUUAUUUAAUCCUUUUCACAUUUUGUUUGCUGGAAACUCCUUCCUUAAGAAUUGGUUUUCUGUUUCACUUCCCACUGUGGGAACUAUGAAAGAGCUAGAUGUUUAAUGUUAAACUGCUCUCAGGUCUGUCAGACUGACCAGCUCCAGGGGGAUAGAAGAAACAUGCCAACCUGCCUCUGGUUACUGUGGCAUGGAGGGAAAAACCCCAUUCCUUAAAAAAAAUAAAAGGCAGCAUGAUUCUACAAUGCAAUUCUUGCAGAGACCCUGGGAAUCUACAAGAGUGGCAUCCUAUGGUGGACAAAAAGUAGUAGCACCAUUUGACUAAACACAGCACACCCUACCUGUUUCCCACCGCUCCCUGGGGGAAAAAUGGGGGCUGCCUUUACUCCCAAUUCACUGCACAAUUCAGGUUAUGGCCGUUCCCCUCCCCCCCUUAACUAAAAGGAGGAAAAAACCCUAGGAUCCUGACCAAAGUUCAAAAACAAAGGCCUUUACUUGCAUUUCAGCUACAUUUAGGUCACAGGAAUUGCAUUUUAACACUCAAGUGUAAAGGGAGCUCCGAUACCAUUUCAAAUAUGUGAAAUAUAAACUGGUGCCUUUUUCUUUCAUGGGGCUCAGUACUUACCCAUUAAAAGUGACAUUAAUUUCCUCAAAAUAAUGUUGUUGUUUUAAAAAAACAAGUCUUGUUGAUACCUAAAUUGGAGGCCAAAAGCUGAAGACAUGCCUGGUAGUUGUUUGUGAAUGAAAAGCAAAACAUUGCCUGAAAGUUUACUACAGGCUCAGGUUUAAUGUCCAAGGGCUCAGUUAGUUUUGCGUUUGUCUUUUGGCUGUAGUGUCUUAAAAAUGUCUCCAUGCAGAAGGGUUUAUAGACUAGAGCGCUGGAUGCUGUAGGCAGAUUUCUUAUGCAUCCCACAAAGAGCAACUGUACAGGUUGUGUCAGUGGUCUUGGGUUUGUGUUUACUGCUGACAGCUCAUAGACGUGUAACUUUCUUCAUCCACUGAAGCGUGGACCAACUAACGUAAGCAAGUGAGAGACAAACUGAACUUCCUCAGUAUCCUUAGUUUGCCUCCACAGUGAGGCAGCCUUGGUGUUUUGCAUGAACGUCUUUGGCCCAGUUCUAAAGCUGGCAAACUGAAUAACGGCUCGUGCAUCUCUCCUGUUUCCAAGGGUGGGCAUUCCAAGGGUGAGCACAGUGUAAGGAAAAAUAAGUAGAAUAAUAAUAAACUGUGUUGGAAAAAUUAAACCUUACAAUAUCCAUGGUAGCAAAUAGUAUCUUCUGUUAGCUGUGGGAAAGAUCAGAGAUGAGACAUCUGAAUUCUUUAGCACUGUAUGUAUGUAUGAGUAAAGCUAGGGGCAGGUAUAUAACUGGAAUCGCAUGUAAAAAAUGAGAAUGUCAAACAUGCAUGAACGUAUAAUAUUAAACAUUUUACACAGGGAAAGUUGCUGCUAAAAGAACAGGGAAGAAUUUUACUGCAAAUCAACAUAAUUAAUAGUAACCCUACCAUUAUCUGGAUUGCGACGCAGGAAAAGUCAGUCAUGCUUCUCACUUGGUGUUCAGUUAUAAAGCACAACCCUUCGCCAGUACUUUUACCAGAACAAAUUUUUGAUGAUGCUUCAGUUUCUAGUGAAGAAAUAUUAAACUGCAUAAAUACUGUAAAAGACCAGAGAUUAUUAAAUAGAAAUAAAGGCCUAAAAUUAAUUAAAAGCAAAAUUAGUUAGUGGAAAGCAUAAAAAUCAAUACGCUGAUGCCUUCGUAACAGUGUCACAUGCUAUACAAGGAAGGAAUUGUGAUCAGAAUUCCAACUCAGUGAGACAUUCCUGUAUCUUGGUAGACACUUAAUGUAUUUAACAGCUGGAUACAGGAUACCUGAUGUUAAAGAUGCCAGCUUCCUCCCUAAUCUGAAUCGAUGCCUUCACGGUUUGAGCUGUACAUAGGUGGUGGAGUGUCUCAUGAAUCAUGUGUUCUUCCUUCUCAUAUAAUUUUGAGGUUUCAGCUGCUUAGAAAUCUCUCCUUUCCCUCUCACCUCACCAAACCGCAAAAAUCAUGAUCUCUGCUUCCUGUAAUUCUCAGAAUCAUCUGUAAGGGAGAUUAUUACAGUUGGUUUACAUUUUAAGAUACUAAAUUGUUAUAUGCAGGGAUUCUUUUGAUAUGUACUUAAAAUUAUCUAUUUGAGAACACAACAGUGUGUUCCUAUAAUCCCUUUUGGUUGAUGGAUGUGAAAGUUUAAAUUAAACUUACAGUUCAAAUGAACAUGUUUUAGAACGUAAACCCAUUAGGAGGUGCGCUUUACUAUUAAGAACUUAGCUCAGCUCCCUUUGCAGCACUGUAACAUUUAAAAUGUCCUUAAAGACUUUCUUUCUGAUGCCUUAACUUAUUUGCAUUUGCUAAAAUUUUGUAGCUGGUGCCUGUGUGCAGAUUACCUGACAUUAAACAAUUUAAAGUGGCAUGAGCUCGUAUAAAUCCAAUGAAAAUGCUGAAUGUGACGAUCUGUUAAUUGUUAAUAGAUUUCAAACUGCUCUGAAGUUUUCAGAGGAUACUUAAGUUUGACUUAACUUGUCAUGUAACAAUGUUUUCACUAGUUGUAAUACAUUGAGGAAGUGUACAAAAAUCCAUGGAAAAUGUGAAUAAAAGAAAGAUAAGUGUCUUGUGUGGGUCGCUUUCACUUUGAGUGUAUGACACUGCGUUAAUAAAACGAAUUUUACAAUCA